AUGACACGGUUCGUGCACGUGCUGCACGCCGGCAGGCUCGACUACCGGCGGGCUCUGCAGUUGCAGCGUGCCGUCGCCAGCUUGGUGCACCAAACGAACAAUCCUCCAGACGCACACCGGCAGCAGCAGUGGAGUAGCUGCCGCAAUGUACUCAUAACAACGGAACACGAUCCAGUGUACACGAUUGGGAUUCGCACGCACGGCUAUGAUUCGGCCGAGGAAGGCCGCCUGCGAGCACUAGGGGCCGACUUCGUGCGCACGAACCGGGGUGGCCUCAUCACGUUCCACGGUACCGGGCAGCUAGUUGCCUAUCCGAUACUCAAUCUGAAGCUUUUCCAACCUAGUGUUCGUUGGUACGUGUGUCACCUGGAGCGGUCGAUUAUCGAGCUGUGCCGGCGGUUCGGCCUGCAGGCACAAACCACUCCCGAUACGGGCGUCUGGAUCGAGGAUAGGAAAAUCUGUGCCAUCGGCAUACACGCCAGUCGGUACGUGACAACGCACGGGCUUGCGCUGAACUGCAAUACUGAUCUGGAAUGGUUCCGACACAUCGUACCCUGCGGACUGGCCGGUAAAUCUGUAACCUCGUUGGACGCCGAGCUUAAGCGACCGGACCUUACCAUAGACGCAGUUAUGCCUGAAUUUCUUUCAAGCUUCCGCGACACGCUGGAAUGUGAUCUGGUACCGAUGGAUGAUGAACUACGCCUGCAACUGUUGCGUGAAUGUUAGACCCUAGGAAUGUGAGCAAAUUUAACCAGUUAGUGUAAUCGUUAACAAUACCGUGCCGUGAGAAAUGGAAUCUGUAUAAUUUGCCAUUUUUACUAAUUUUAUUAUUGAAUAGUAGUAACACUAACAAACAAACACAAUCUUUUCUCAGGAAGCAUGAAGGCAAAUUAUGUUGGUUGUGUCGUUCCGUUAUACACAUUGUUUGCCGUAUGUUGAAAGAGAAGAAUGUUAUGCGUUUAAGAACAAACCAAGAUCUAACAAAUAAAAUGUGACCAAGCACAGAUAAAGAACACAAGCAGUAACAAAUAUAAAAUAAACAGUUCUGGAA